GGCUCGGGUGCGGGCGCGGCUGGGGCUGCGGCUUCAGCCUCCAUCGUGUCAUCUAAACAGUCACUUUCCCAGGCAGCCCCAUGAAUAGUCACAGCUCUGACAACCCAGGUGUUUUGUGUUUGCAUUACAAACUCUUACAAGCCAAGGAUCAAGCCUGUGACACUCCACUAGCGACAUUCCAGGGAGACAAGUAUCCGUUGAUUUGUUGAUUUGGAUCUUUGGUGCAUCCAGCCUGCAAUUCCCCAUCAUUCCUGCAAGAGUUUCACAACUGACCUUGGGUGCCUCUGACAGCUGCUGCAGGAAACAUGGCCAAGUUUGCCCUGAAUCAGAACCUGCCCGACCUGGGCGGCCCCCGCCUGUGCCCGGUCCCCGCCGCCGGGGGCGCACGCAGUCCGAGCUCGCCCUACUCGGUGGAGACGCCCUACGGCUUCCACCUGGACCUGGACUUCCUCAAGUACAUAGAGGAGCUGGAGCAUGGCCCCGCUGCCCGCCGCGCCCCGGGACCCCCGACCGCGCGCCGUCCCCGCGCGCCCCGGCCCGGCCUCGCGGGCGCACGUAGCCCAGGCGCCUGGACAUCCAGCGAGUCCCUGGCCAGUGACGACGGUGGAGCAACGGGCGUACUCUCCCAGGGCGCGCCACGGGGGCUCCUGAUGCCGCCGGUGUCGCCGCGUGCGCCCGUGCGCAACCCGCGCGUCGAGCACACGCUCCGGGAGACCAGCCGGCGGCUGGAGCUGGCGCAGACACACGAGCGCGCGCCCAGCCCCGGCCGCGGGGUCCCGCGCAGCCCACGCGGGUCCGGCCGCAGCAGCCCCGCCCCUAACCUUGCCCCUGCCUCGCCCGGCCCUGCCCAACUGCAGCUGGUGCGCGAGCAGAUGGCCGCGGCGCUGCGGCGCCUGCGCGAGCUCGAGGACCAGGCGCGAACGCUGCCCGAGCUGCAGGAGCAGGUGCGCGCGCUGCGCGCCGAGAAGGCGCGGCUGCUGGCCGGGCGCGCGCAGCCCGAGCCGGACGGGGAGGCUGAGACGCGCCCGGACAAGCUCGCCCAGCUGCGGCGGCUCACCGAGCGCCUGGCCACCUCCGAGCGCGGCGGCCGUGCCAGGGCCAGCCCCCAGGCUGAUGGCCCAGACGGCCUGGCUGCAGGGCGCAGUGAGGGCGCGCUCCAGGUCCUUGACGGGGAGGUCGGGAGUCUCGAUGGGACGCCCCAGACCCGGGAGGUGGCCGCCGAGGCCGUGCCCAAGACCCGAGAAGCUGGUGCCCAGGCCGUGCCGGAGACCCGGGAGGCCGGCGUGGAGGCUGCCCCCGAGACGGUUGAGGCGGACGUGUGGGUGACCGAGGCGCUGCUGGGGCUGCCUGCGGCCGCUGAGCGCGAGCUGGAGCUGCUGCGCGCCAGCCUGGAGCACCAGCGCGGGGUGAGUGAGCUUCUGCGGGGCCGGCUGCGGGAGCUGGAGGAAGCCCGUGAGGCUGCGCAGGAGGCAGCGGCGGGGACCCGGGCCCAGCCACGUGAGGCCACCACCCAGACCUCGUGGAGCUGUGCCGAAAAGGCCGCGCAGACCGAGCCCCCAGCGGAGGCGCCCUCCUUGACUCAGGAGAGCUCGGCCGGAUCCAUGGACGGAGACAGGGCCGUGGCGCCCGCUGGCAUCCUCAAAUCCAUCAUGAAGAAGAGAGACGGCACACCUGGUGCCCAGCCCAGCUCCGGACCCAAGAGCCUGCAGUUUGUUGGGGUCCUCAACGGAGAGUACGAGAGCUCCUCCAGCGAGGACGCCAGCGACAGCGAUGGCGACAGCGAGAACGGUGGCGCCGAGCCCCCGGGUAGCUCCUCGGGCUCCGGGGAUGACAGCUGCGGGGGACCCGACUCGGGCACCCCUGGCCCUCCCAGCGGCGGGGACAUCCGGGACCCUGAGCCCGAGGCGGAGGCAGAGCCUCAGCCGGUGGCACAGGGGAGGUGCCAGCUGAGCCCGCGUCUGAGGGAGGCGUGCGUAGCGCUGCAGCGGCAGCUGAGCCGGCCCCGCGGAGUAGCCCGCGACGGCGUGAGUGCCCCGGAAGCGCAGCACCAGGGAGUGGCGUGGGAGCCUCCAAGGACCUCUGACGCCCACUUAGGGGAGCGCACCGGGUUCCAUCCCUUCCCGCCAAGCACCUCGCCUGACCCCGGGCUCUCCAAAGGGAUCUCCUUCCCAGGACAGCGCCGAUCUUUCAUUGGUUUCCCCAAAGAGGCCCGGCCCCAGCCCCACUCCCGGACUCCCCAAGGGCAAGCGUUCAUUGCCUUUCCCCGUUCCAUGUUCUCCCGCAAAUUCUUCCCUAGAAGGAAAGGACCCCCUUACCCCGUGUUUGCCCUCCGACAGGGGUGUGGCCCCGGCCAUCCAUCUGGGUCCGCAUGGCUCCCCACCUGGAGGAGGAGUGACCUUCCUUCCCUGCCUGGAAAAGCCAAAUGGGUCUCUUCCCAGUCCCGCCCCUCCCCAGCUCCCCCACCACGAUGGUCCGCCGUGGACCAUCGUCGAUGUUACCUUGGCCCCUAUCCCUUGCAGAGCGCAGUGCGCCUCGUGGCCCAGGAGUGGUUUCGAGUGUCCAGCCAGCGGCGCUCUCAGGCGGAGCCCGUGGCCAGGAUGCUGGAAGGGGUGAGGCGCCUGGGACCCGAACUGCUGGCGCACGUGGUGAACCUGGCAGAUGGCAACGGGAACACGGCCCUGCACUACAGUGUGUCCCACGGGAACCUGGCCAUCGCAAGCCUGCUCCUGGAUACGGGGGCCUGCGAGGUCAACCGCCAGAACCGAGCCGGCUACUCGGCCCUCAUGCUGGCUGCACUCACCUCUGUGAGGCGGGAAGAGGAGGACAUGGCUGUGGUCCAGAGACUCUUCUGCAUGGGCGAUGUCAAUGCCAAGGCCAGUCAGACGGGGCAGACAGCCCUCAUGCUGGCCAUCAGCCAUGGCCGACAGGACAUGGUGGCAGCCCUGCUGGCGUGUGGGGCUGAUGUGAAUGCGCAGGAUGCGGAUGGGGCCACAGCGCUGAUGUGCGCCAGUGAGUAUGGGCGCCUGGACACCGUGCGGCUGCUGCUCGCCCAGCCAGGCUGCGACCCUGCCAUUCUGGACAAUGAGGGCACCAGUGCCCUGGCCAUCGCCCUGGAGGCUGAGCAGGAUGAGGUGGCCGCCCUGCUACACGCCCACCUGAGCUCGGGCCAGCCCGACAUCCAGAGCGAGUCACCCCCUGGCUCCCAGAGAGCCACACCUGGUGAAGGAGAAUGCAGUGACAAUGGAGAGAACCCCCAUGUUCAGUGAGCUGCCUCCUCUGGCUCACUACACCUAGCUGUGGGGAGAUCUCCUCCUCAAUCACCUCAGCCUUUGGCGCACAGAAGGGUCCAGGGUCCUCUGCUCAGAGGCUAACACUGGCCGAAGAGAAAGGCAAUUUCAGUUGGGGUGACUGUGGCAGGAAGGGGCUCACCCUGGCCCCACCAAGGUGAGGUGGGGACCAAGUGAUAUAGCCCUGGUUCACCCACUCUCUGAAACUUCUUUGCUAAUAAAACAUUCCUACUACG